AUGGAGAGUUCUGAGAUCGAGGUGGAGGUGACCACGCCAAGGCGAUCUGCUUUUCGAAUCUUCCACAAGCUUCCAUUUCGCCUACAAUCCAGCAAAUCGCCGAAACCGCGGGAUGUUUCUCCAUCGACAGCUAAUUAUACUGAAAUCGAGCAUGUUGAAGAUGGAAACGCGGCAAAAGUCAACGACCACCAUCUGCACGACAUUAUCGAAAGACAGCUACAAGAGCGAACGGAUAUCCUUGAAUGCGCGUGGCAAAACGGAAAAGAUGAGUCGGAUGAGCAGUCUGACGAUGCGGACUUGACCAAGAAGAUUGCUAUCCAACCGAAAGAGAAAUCCAAGUCUGAACCAGAAGAUUCUGGAGAUAAGGAUAUCUAUGGAGAUGUCACCAAGCGGGCACCAAAUGAAUUCGAGCAUUUGGGCCGCUUCUCCAAGCUCUCCGUCUAUUUCUCAUGGAUAGUGCUACUGGUAUUCGCUUACAUUCGUGAGACGAUGCGAAAAUGGGGACUCGAGAACGAUAAAGCUCACAAGGAACUGCCUAAGCAAUUGGACUUUGUGCCGCUGUUCUCGGACUUCGAAUCCGUAUAUUCACGCAACUGCUAUGUCCGUGUGCGGGAUGUUUUCGAACGGCCAAUCGGUUCUGUACCCGGAGCGACCGUAAAUCUUAUCGACAGAACAUCCGAUGACUGCAACUGGACGUACAAUAUAAUCGCUGCCGAAUGUGCUUCGACAACUCCUGUGUGCUCCGCUUCAAUCGAAGGCGCGUAUCCUGGCACACAAACAGAGGUGAUUAAUGUCGCUUCUUACAACUACCUUGGAUUCGCGCAGGCUAGCGGUCCUUGCGCUGAUGCUUCGAUCGCACGGAUUGACAAAGAGGGUUUAGCCACAUGCACAACUGUUCACGAAAGAGGACGCUCCAUUUCACAUUACAAACUCGAGAAGCUCGUAGCUGAAUUCCUCAGUGUGGAAGAUGCCAUCGUAUUUAGCAUGGGAUUCGCAACGAACUCAAUGAACGCACCAUGCCUGGUUGAUAAGCAUUCCUUAAUCAUCUCCGAUCAAUACAACCAUGCAUCGUUGAUUCUAGGUUGUCGGUUAUCUGGAGCGUCCACGAAGGUGUUUAAACACAAUGAUAUGCAUUCCCUUGAAAAGAUUCUUCGUAAUGCCAUAACCUAUGGAAACCCAAAGACACACCGGCCCUACCGGAAGAUCCUAAUCAUAGUUGAAGGCAUCUAUUCUAUGGAAGGAUCCAUCUGCAAUCUACCUGGGAUUAUUGCUCUGAAGAAGAAAUACGGUGCAUAUCUUUACUUGGACGAAGCUCAUUCGAUAGGUGCGAUGGGAGCAACUGGUAGGGGUGUUGUCGAGUAUUGGGGAUGUGAUCCGAAAGAUGUUGACAUACUCAUGGGAACGUUCACAAAAAGUUUUGGAGCAGCAGGUGGCUACAUCGCUGGAGCUAAGAAAACUAUAGAUCACUUACGAGUGAACUCCCCGACAGGGUACUAUUCGUGCCCGAUGUCGCCACCUGUCGCGGAACAAAUACAUACGUCGAUGAGUAUUAUCAUGGGAAAAGAUGGAACAAACGAAGGCGCUCGGCGAAUUGAGGUCCUUGCAAGAAAUUCACGGUAUUUCCGUCUUCGACUGAAGCAAAUGGGUUUCAUAGUUUAUGGCAGUGACGACAGCCCCGUAGUGCCAGUGCUCCUUUACUAUCCGACCAAUUGCGGAUUUUAUGGACGUGAGAUGCUUGCAAAAGGAGUGGGAAUCGUUGUAGUUUCGUUCCCAGCUACCGAUAUGACGGAGUCGCGGUGUCGAUUCUGCAUCUCUGCAGCACAUACCAAAGGGAUGCUCGAUGAGGUCCUCGAUGCAGUCAGCGACGUUGGUGACCUUACGCGCACAAAAUAUUCAAAGAGAAAACAUUUGUACAAAAAUGUGCAGAUUGAAUGGUGA